UCUUUCAAGCGUUCCACAAUUGACCAUAUGCAAUUAGUUAUACUUUGUCGUGAAAAAGACCUGAAGCAAUUUGGUCCAGAUAAAGUUUUUGGUCCAUUGGUGAAGGAUUUGAAACACCUUGAAAGUGUUGGUCUAGAUGUGGGAAAUGAUCUUUUCAUUAAAGGUUCCUUAUUUUGCAUUCUUGGUGAUAAUUUGGGUUCACACAUGGUUGGGGGCUUUGUGGAAAGUUUUAGUGGAAAACAUGUUUGUAGAUACUGCCUUGCUGAAAGAUCAGAAAUGCUUCAUGAAUCCUUUGCUAUUAGAGGUGAGAAAAGAACCCAAGAAAAUUAUCAAGAAAGUGUCCAAAUAGUGCUCAGUGAAGGUCUUAACAACCACAAAGGAAUAAAGCAAAGUUCUAUCUUUAAUGAGUUACAGCACUUCCAUGUAGUAAGUGGACUGCCACCCUGUAUAGGGCAUGACCUAUUUGAAGGAAUUCUUGCCUAUGAUAUGAAGUUGGUCACUGAUUACUUUGUGAUCACCAAAAGAUGGUUUACCUACGACCAGCUAAACAAAAGACUGAUUGGGUUUCCCUACACAGGCUAUGAUGCCCUUGACAAACCCUGUGCUGUAAACCCCACCUCAGAUAGAAUGCCAGGACAUGCAGUACAGAACUGGGUAUUCAUCAGACUGUUUUCCCUGUUUGUUGGAAAAUAUGUUGCUGACACAGAGGUCAGGGUUUGGGCCUUUUUCCUUUUGAUUAAAAAGUUGGUAGAAAUUGUCUGCACACAAAGUUUUGAAGUUUGCCAAAUUGCAAUUUUGAAUUCUGUCAUAGAGGAUUAUUUGCAUGAAAGGAAAGAGAUUUUUAAUGUUCAGAUGCGUCCAAAGCACCAUUAUUUGGUACAUUAUCCAGAACUGAUUUUGAAGUUUGGGCCUCUGAUCCGCCUCUGGACACUUCGAUUUGAAAGCAAACACUCCUACUUCAAGAAAUGUGCUAGGAAACUUCAGAAUUAUAAAAGUCUAGCAAAAACACUCUCCCAGAAACACCAGCUUUUGCAGGCUCUAUACAAUUCAGGUAGUCUGUUUCCAAAUGAAUUUGAAGUGGAAAUACUAUUACCCUUUCACCCUGAAAUGUAUUCAGAAAACAUCAAAGCUGUUCUGUCAGGGUGUGGCUUAACUGGUUCAAACUCUAUGAAGGCCACAAAGGUUUGCAUAAGAGGUAUAACAUACAAAUUGGGAAACACACUGGUGAUCAGCCAACCAACUUCUUAUGAAAUGUUAGUUGGAUGUAUUCAAGACAUAUUUGUAGAAGGAAAUACAGUGUAUUUUUUGGUCCAUGAAAUUUUAUGCACAUAUAUUGAUGCUAUGGAUCUUUAUGCGUAUGAAAGUUCACUUGAUCAUGAUUAUGAUGUGCAGUGUCUAACUCUCUCUCAGUUUGCAGAUUGUUAUACAGUGGAGAUCUAUUUUGAAUCAGGGACGAGCUACAUUUCCCUGAAGCAUUCAUUGUCACAGUGACUGUCAACGCUGACAAUGGCCAGUGGGAUUUCUGAGGAUGAGAAAUGUCUCAAGAGACAUGUACUUGAUCUUAUUGGUAACCUGGAUGAGGACACUUUGAACAGUAUUGUUGAUGUUCUGAAUACCUUAGGCGUCACACAUGUGGAUGACCUGAAGUGGGUGACACCGGAUGAUCUGGUAGGGAGAGUCAAACCUGUUCAUGCAAGGAAGCUACUUAGCCAUUCAGUGUCACAACCAUCAAGAAGUGUCCCCUCACCUUCAUCCAGUGUGGAUUCAUCCAUGUCAUUCUCACCGAAGAGUCCGGGUCCAAUAUUGAUACACAACAUAAACACUGAUCCCAACUGGCCUGUCAAAUUAGAACUCCC